AUUCUCUAAAAAGUAAAGAUGCUUGGGCUUAAAACUUGAACAUUAAAUCAAAUAUUCUCUACAAUAAAUAACAGAAAUAGUUGUCUUCAUUCACUCACCUAGCUUAAAAAUAUAUGUACAUGCAGUGAUGGUCUGUUUUCUAUACUUACUUUUGGGAAUACAUACUGGUAUUUUUUUCUACCAAUAAUUACACUAUGUAUGGUAACUACUCUUCCAUAUCAAAACUGUCUACUUGAAUAUUAUCUACACAAGUAAAUGACCAAAUAUGACUUAAUAUUGGUAAUAAUAAAUAUACAAGUACAUGUAAUUCUGGUCUGAGCAAUAUCAGGUGUACUUGUUAAUACCGAUCACCUCUCUCCAACACCUCCCCCUGGGACGACUGAUCAAUACUCAAACUUCUUGUAUGUCAUAAACAAUUAGUUAUCCUAUCUAGCACAGACAACAACUCCGAUAAACUCUGCACAUUAACUUUCCAAGUAUCUUUUUCACACAUUAGACUUGUGCACUUGUAUGCAGAAUUUAAUAUAAACCUGAUAUUAAAGUGGUAUUAACUUGUGUAUCAUAUCAUCAUGACACUACAGCCAAGAGGAAAAAAAACUUCAAGACCUGAGUGUUGGCGAUGCUACCACAACAAAAUGUCGACAAGUGAUGUUAGCCUUCCAGUUUUGGAUGAAAACGAGAAGAAAAUAGUGAAUGAAUUCUGUCAUCUGUUAGAAAAGUCUAAGCAAUUAUUCAACGGAUUAAGGGAUCUCCCUCAGUAUGGACACAAGCAAUGGCAGUCCUACUUUGGUAGAACUUUUGAUGUGUAUACAAAACUUUGGAAAUUUCAACAACAGCAUCGACAAGUUUUAGACUCAAAGUAUGGUUUAAAGAGAUGGCAGAUUGGAGAAGUAGCUUCCAAAAUUGGACAACUCUAUUACCAUUACUAUUUGAGAACAAGUGAAACUAACUACCUGAAUGAGUCCUUCAACUUCUACUCGGCCAUUCGACAGAGGGGGUAUUACUCCAGGGCCAGUAAGGAAGAGAGACCAGAUCUAAUGGUGAAAAAGCUUAGGUUCUAUGCCAGAUUUAUUCUAGUUUGCUUAUUGCUGAAGAAAAUGAAGCUUGUGAAGGACUUAGAAAGGGAUCUUGGCAAACAGAUUGAUGAUUAUACCUCUACUUAUCAACCAGAGGACCAGAAUGAAUGGAAAACAGUUCUGUCAGAAAUUCGAGAAUUCGAAGAUGCCGACUGUACAGUGAGAGUGUUGGAUCAUGAUGGUACCCCCAUUGUGCUGUCACAUAGACUGACCCCCUUAAAUACUCCCCCUCUAGAGAAGGGAACCCCAGCCAUUCUGAGAUUACAAGAAAUUCUCAUAGUAGGAAACUCAUCAGAACAGCUGAAAUACAGUGAGCUGACAUUAGACAUGUUUAGAAUGCUACAGACAUUGGAGAGGGAACCACAGGAGGAUUUAUCCAAUCAAAUCUAUGAUGCUUCUCCAGCCCCGGGGAGACCCCCUUAUUUGUUGCCAUCAUAUAUGAAAAAGGAGGAGAAUGGUGAGAGGAACAAUCGAAGAGAAAACCCGCACAAGUACCUCCUGUACAAGCCUACGUACAGUCAGCUGAACACAUUUCUUGCCUCAGGUUUUAAAGAGCUCCCACCCACCGGCAUAAUACUCCUGUACAUCUCUGCUGAUGGCAGCCCUAGCAGCAUGAAACAUGGAGAUGACCCCGCCUAUGACCUUGGAGGUGUAGUGACAAACUUCAGAAAAGAGGGAGAGGAAGUGGUGCGUACCAAGAAAUUGGGACACUUGAAAGAAGUCCACUGCUUACAUCCUGGGGACUUGUAUCCAUACACAAGGAAGCCUUUAUUUGUAGUGGUUGAUAGUGACAACAGCUCUUCAUUCCAGAACAUUCCCAAUUUGUUUGGACAGCCUGUUGUUUGUUUAUUGUCUCCAGAGAGGGCACCACCAACCAUGCAAGACAAGCACAGAAGAGGGAAUCUCUUCACCAUGUUUCUUCAUGAUCCACUGAUGGCUUUCUGCUACGUCUGUAAUAUUUACGAAGUCCCUGUUGACCUUUGGGACAAAUGCUCUGGAGUCAUCGACAAAUUCAUGGCUGAGGCAUCCAAGCUGUUCUCCAGAUCAAAGAAGUUAGACAACAUGUAUAUCCAGUUCUUCGGUGACGACUUUCUGAGAUUGCUUAUGUUACGAUUUGUCUUCUGCUACAUCGUCUUGAUUCUUCACAGAGGUUUCAAGGGACCGAAUUUCUACCCCACCAGUUCACCGCUGCUUCCCACGGAUGAGAUUUUGGAACACCCAGCUCUCUAUAAAGUAGUGCUGGAUUUAUCCACAGUGGUGGACAACAGAACUUUGUUUGCUGAGCCGGGAGAAGGCGAUCUACAUGGAGGAACAUAACCUUCAAAUAGUUACUAGAAUUUCCAUUAUUUUGCUCAGAAUUUUCUUUUUUCAAAGUGUUUGUACUUUUCCCCUCAUAUUAAACAUGAGUGUGUAUCUUUAAAUAGUAAUAAUACAAUAAGGGAACUGUUAUCUGAAAUUUGUAUGCACAAUGCAUUACAUUUUCAUGAAAUAUUUUAUCUUUAUAUUGAAAAUGAUGUGGCUUUGCAUGUUUUAGAAUACGUAUGUAUUAUCCUUUUGUGUAUUGGCUUGAUUAAACCAAAUCAUUUUGACAAUCCAUAUAGAUACUAUCAGCUUUUAGCAUCAUGUGAUAACAGAGUGUUGAUCUUUGUAAACUAGUCUCAAUUUGUGAUGUGUCCAAAGUGUUCCAUGUUGAAAGUAAUAAUUAGUGAAUCAACCAUUUACAUUGACAUUGUAGAAAAGGUUGUAAAUAUAGCCAUUUUAUGCCUUCCAAUCAACUGCACAACAGACACUCUAAUAACAGCAGGUCUCUGUACUUUUCAUGCGUAGGAUGCGUUUAUCUUGAUUGUGAACAUUUGAAAUCCCUUACUUAUUCUGCACUGAGAAUCACUGUGACUUGACACACUUGAAGUAUAUGUAUGUUCUACGCAUUAUCAUAAUUUGUCCAAUUAUUACACAUGUAAGUUAGAUCAGCAUUCCAGUGUUAUAUUAAUAUUAAUUAAUGACACCACAAAGAAAUACUGUAUUUCUAAUCAACUUGACAAUUGAGGACCAAGAUGAAAAAAAUUGACAAUGAAAUCCAGAUUUAAAUGUUUAAUGAAUGUGGUUGAAUGUGAAGCAAAAUUGCAGAAAUCCUUUUUUAUGCAAUCUUGUUUUGGUAAAGUAUGAGGUAGUUAUCGUCAUAAUUAAAUUUUGAUUGAGUUUUUAAAUUUAAGUUGUACUUAUAUAAAUUUUAUUUUGUGGCAUAGCUUUGUAAUAUGUAUAUAUUUGGUGCUUUAUGUUUUCAUAAGUUUUAUUUGUGUUUAUUUUUUCUGAUUUUAUUUUUUUUACACGUUUAAUUUUCUUGCCAAAUUAUUCAUGUUGGGAAUCUUCACUCUAAACAACUGCACGUUAUUCUGUUGAAAACUGGGAGAAGUAUUCGCCAUAAGUAUUCUUCAAAGAUUAUAUGUGUAGUGCAUUGGUAUAUAAUUCCAUCAAAAUUCUGCAAUUACAGUAAAAAUAUUCCUAAAUAUUAUGAAAUCCUUCACUUUUACCAGUAUUUUGAUUUGUGAAUGUCAUUUCUUGUGACCGUUAUGUUGCUGGAUAACUUCUGCAUGCAUUGUACAACUGCUGAUAGCUUGCCAUUAGUUGUCACAUACAUUUACAACUGCACUUUUCAUAUUUAAUGGUACAUGUAUUAUAAAUUGUACGUUCUUGCAUUAUUCACAUUCCAAGUAUUGAUAUUCUACUGAAUUUUUUCACAACUGUUAAUUUUUUUGAACUGAAAUAUCAAAACGUUACAUAAGAACUGGUAGAAGAGAAAUUGUUUUUUCACAUAUUCAAUAAAAUGAGCACUUUUUUUCCGGAAAAUAACAGAUUUAACACUGUAUAUCAAAUGCAUAUUUCCCAUUGUCUCUACAAAAAAUAGUGUUUUGUUAUUAUUUAUUAUUUAUUGUUUUGAUAUUUUCUUUAUAAUAAACAAAAAAACAAAAGUC